AUGUUUCAGAGUGGAGCUAAGAUUUUUCCAGUGUUUUACGGAGUGAAACCUUCUGAUCUUCGUUUCAUAGAAAAGGGAAAAUAUGCCAAAGCGUUCACUGAAUAUGAAGAGACGAGGAUGUAUAUGGAGAAGCUUAAGGAUUGUAAGGAAACCCUCCAAUCUCUUUCAUUUAUCACAGGAUGCGAAGUGAACAGCAAUUUCAAUACCAGUGACUGUAAAAAUAUAAUGUCAGCUGUCGAAAAAGAAGUUCGUAGGAAAAAAUCUCUACGUGUUGCCAAAUACCCAGUGGGACUUCACAAGCUUGUGAAAGAUUUUGAAAGGCUGUGUCUCGAUAAAUUUGUAAGAGAUUUUGAAAGGCAGUGCGGGACGAGUGCAGGCAACAAAGUGAAGGCUCAGAUUGAAGAUCGAUUCAAUUUUCAAAGUAUGGAGGAAGGAAAAACUCAUAUCGCGGAUUGCAUAGAGAAAAACAAGCAGCUGAGUUUACUAAUUGUUCUGGGUGAUAUUGAUAGCGUACAACAGUUGGAUUCUCAAUUGAUAGUGGAUAUUCUAAAGAAGUCAGUUGAUAGCCUGGUAAUUGUUACAACGCGUGAUGUAGGUGUGCUUAUAAAUGCAGGAAUUACCGCUGCUUAUAAUCUAAAGGGGAUGGAUAGAGAGGAUGCGAGAGAGCUGUUUUGUUGGCACGCCUUCGGCCAACCCCAUCCAGCUAAGGAUUACGAGAAUCUGGUUAACUCAUUCCUGAAUGUUUGCGGAGGCUUACCUCUGUCUCUUCAAGUUCUAGGCACUCAUGUUCAUGGCAGAGAUCAGAAUUAUUGGAGCUUAGAAUCGAUUAAAGUUAGCCACACGCUGCCUCGAGACAUACAUCAAAGACUUAAAAUAAGUUUUGAUGCAUUGGACUAUGAGGAACAACAAAUUUUCAUGGAUAUUGCAUGCUUUUCUAUUGACAAAUUUAAGAGUAUUGCAAAGGAAACAAGUAUUUUUUCAAUUGUUCCUCUCCAAAAUUUGGGACGUUCAAUAAUCAGCAAAUUUUGUCUCAAAACAUUGUGGCAGAGCCACGUACAGGCGUCCACUAGAUUGAAAGAGCUGCAGAUAUAUAAUAAUUCUUCCAAAGGUUUUUCAGAUUUAUCAGGAAUAUCAAAUAAUUUGGAAAAAAUUAUAAUUGACAACUGUAACAGUCUGAAAACCAUGUCAGGAUUAUCCCAUCUUAAGAAGCUGAUAGAAUUGAACAUCUCUAACUGCUCAGAUAUUCAAAAAUUAAGUGUUGUACAUUUGAGCUCCCUGGAAAAAAAUGUACUUCACAAUUGUUAUAGUCUCAAAACCAUGUCACGGAUAUCUGGUCUUAGAAAGCUGCUAGAAUUGGACAUUUCCGAAUGUCCGGUGUUUGAGAAGCUGUGUCUAGUGGGUUUGAACAACUUGAAGCGUAUUAUGGUCGAUAAUUCUUUCAAGCCAGCAUGUUUUGAGUUUGUGGAUUGCAGAUAUUUGAGAACAAUAUCAGGAAAUUUAAGUCUUGAAAAUCUUCGAAGGACUGUCCCAAGCUUGAGAGUAACUUGCCUUGAGACGAUUACUGUUGAUGGAUGUGGGAAGCUCAACAGUCUUCAGUUGCUCAAAUGUCAAAAUUUGAAACAAUUAUACAUAUCAGACUGUCUAGAGCUUGAAGAGUUGACAUAUUCUGCAGCUGAAGCAUUCCUUGAGAAGAUUAGUAUUGCCAGAUGUGUGAAGAUGAAGAAUAUAACUUUGCCAACAAAACUUUUGGGACUCGUAAUAAAAGGUUGCAAAGAACUGAAAACAGUGGCAGCAGUUUGUGAUCAUAAUGAAUGUCUUAGCUUACAGGAGUUGUCAAAUGUGGCCCAACUGAGCUGUCCGAAGUCUAUUUUAAGUUGGACUUCUGACAAUCUGCAGACCAUACACGACUGUGGGAAGCUUACCAUUGACAAAUGUGCGAUGCUGAAUAAUCUAAAGUUGCUCAAGUGCCAAAAUGUGAAAGAAUUGUUCAAUUGUAGGGAGCUUGUAGAACUGCUAUUUUCUGUACUCCAAACAAAUCUGGAGAAGAUUAGUAUUGUUAGAUGUGGGAGGCUGCAGAAUGUAACUCUGCCAAUAAAAUUAGUGGAACUCAGACUAGAAGAAUGCAGAGAACUGAAAACAGUGGCAGCGGUUUGUGAGCAUAAUGAACAACAGGAGUUGUCAAGUGAUGCGCGACUGAACUAUUUGAAGCUGCAGACCUUGCAAGGCAUUGAUGCUCUAUUUCGGUUGAAAAGGAUUCAACUCUUAUAUUGUAGCAAUGCAACAAUACGAAAUUGCACUUCCAUGUUGAAGGGCAUGUCGCCAGAGCUUCUUCUUCUUGUUGGAAAAGCAGUAGAUGGAGCGCCUUCAAUUUUAAAUCCAGAACUCUUUUCUGAAACCGAUGCACUAAUUUCAGAAAUCGGUACUCCCUCUAGUGAUAAACGGCAAAAAAUAAUUUGGGACACCAUCGUCAUCUAUUGUGUUGUGGUUGUAAUUGAUAGUUCCCUUGAAAACCCUCACUUGUGGUCAAAUAAUAGGGUGCAUCAGGAGGAAUAG